AUGCCAGCAUUAGACUCCGACCCAGCCAACGGCUUAGACAACUACGACGUCGCUGACCUGUCGGACGAUCCUUUCGCAUCUCCCCCACCUGAAGCAUUCAACAAGAAGCGCAAGGAACCAGAUUCGGGUCUUGGAAUUGAUGAAGAGGUUGAUGUCAAGAAACGUGCCCGAGCUCCCAAUGUCAAGCUUGAUGAAGAAAGGCUACUUAGCGCUAAAGGAAUACCCAAACUAAGGCAAAGAGCACGAGACCUGAAGAUCAAGGGCAAAGGCCAUGAGUUUUCAGAUGCCUCGCGGCUCCUAUCCUUCUAUCAGUUAUGGCUUGAUGACCUUUUCCCAAAAGCCAAAUUCCUCGACGCUUUGAGCAUGGUAGAAAAAGCAGGCCACAAAAAGCGAGUCAUAAUUGCACGCAACGAAUACGUCAACGAGAGUAAACCCAAGGAUACUGUGGCCGACGAUGAAGGGGAAGACCUCUUCGGUCAGGAUAGCAUUUCGAGACCCACGGAUGAAGCGAUGAGACCAAGGACGCCAGAGCAAGACCGAGACGUACCAGAUGAUGACGAUCUAUAUGACGCGACACCAAGGCCCUCUCGGCCAAUUGUGCCUAUCCGGAACGAUGUCCCUGAAGAAGACGAUCUUGAAGCCCUAAUCGCAGAGGCAGAGGGUCAAGACAGAGCCCAGAAAGCGAGGCCUGCACAAAAAGAACCCGACGAGGAUGAUCUGGACGCAUUAAUGGCCGAGGCAGAGGGACAGGCGAUGACGAAGAAACCAGGUCCGCCUCGACAAGAUCCCAAUGAGGAUGAUCUGGAUGCUCUCAUGGCAGAAGCUGAGAGUCGAGAUCAGACAAUAAAGAGAGAUGGGCAGAUACGGAUAGGGAACAGCAAAAGCAUGAACGCCUACGAAGACGAUGAAGCAGCAAUGCAGGAGAUAGAUGGGCUAUGGUAG